CUGUGAAGCCCAUUCUGCCUUGCACGGGGUUGGUGAGCUGACGGCAGGUGUGUAAAUGCUGCAGUAGUGAGUGAGGUUUGAGUGGAGCUGUCCCAGUGCUGAAAUGAAGUGAAGAGAAACAGCUGUAGAUUGAGAGCGGCAGUCAGAGGAGGUGGGUAACAAGUGGAGGGAGGCGACUGAAAAAGGGGGGAGGCAAAAUGCAAUCCAGACAGGCAUGAGAGAGAGCGAAAGAGAGUGAGGGAAGAAGAGAGAGAGGGAAGGAGAGAGAGAGGGGGGAGAGGAGCUGGAGACGCAACAGCUUGAAGGAGAGCAGAGAGAAGGGUGGGUGUUGAUGGUUUUCCGCAGAUACUGAGACUCCCAAAGACCCUUCCUCACAACAAGCAACAACCCUUACUGGGUGAAAGGACAGACAGACAUGUAUUGGGGUGUGUGAUCUCGUAUCAGAGGAAGACAGAAGAGGAGCAGGCUUCAUAGUACCCUUUUGUGACAAUCUGACCAUCACUAAGGACAGAACCAUCCAGAAGAUUCCAACAACAUGGCGGAUAUCAUAAAAAUUACAGUCCUGGUUGCCCUUGCUGUGGUGGUUUCAGCUUCCACAGAGGAGUCGGGAAAUAGAUCUUGUGGAGCAGUUCAGCCGAGUAAAUGUGAACCAGGCAUCCUACUUCCAGUCUGGCAUCCUCACAACCCAUCGACAGGAGACAAAGUUGCCCGGGCGGUGGUGUACUUUGUUGCCAUGCUUUACCUCUUUCUGGGAGUGUCAAUAAUCGCUGACCGUUUCAUGGCUUCCAUUGAAGUCAUCACUUCGCAGGAGAAGGAGAUAACGCUCACCAAACCUAAUGGAGAAACCAGUGUGGCUACUGUAAGAAUAUGGAAUGAGACUGUCUCCAACCUGACACUGAUGGCCCUGGGAUCUUCUGCUCCUGAGAUCCUUCUUUCAGUUAUUGAGGUGUGCGGUCACAAUUUCCAAGCUGGGGAACUUGGUCCAGGAACAAUUGUAGGUUCUGCUGCAUUUAACAUGUUCGUCAUCAUUGCCAUAUGUGUAUACGUCAUACCAAAUGGCGAGUCACGGAAGAUCAAACAUCCAAGAGUGUUUUUCGUAACAGCGACAUGGAGCAUUUUUGCCUAUAUUUGGCUCUAUCUGAUUCUUGCUGUAAUAUCCCCAAGCCGUGUACAAGUGUGGGAAGGACUGGUAACCCUCUUGUUCUUCCCAGCAUGUGUGCUCUUUGCUUGGGUUGCAGACAAGCGACUUCUCUUCUACAAAUAUGUUUACAAGAGAUACCGAGCAGACCAUCGAAGAGGGAUCAUCAUCGAGACGGAGGGUGAGUUUCCCAAAAGCAUUGAGAUGGAUGGUAAAUUGGGGGCUGCAGCAGUGGUCACAGGAGAGACCAAGGAUGUUUCAGUGCAGGAUAGUGAAGCAGCGGCUGCCGAAGCCAAAGAACUAGAUGAGAGUCGCAAGGAAGUAAUCCGUAUCCUGAAAGAAUUAAAGCAGAAAUAUCCAGAACGAGAGCUGGAUCAACUUGUAGACAUGGCCAACUACUAUGCCCUGUUGCACCAGCAAAAGAGUAGGGCAUUCUAUCGGAUACAAGCUACACGUAUGAUGAUUGGGGCAGGUAAUGUACUCAAGAAACACGCAGCUGAACACAGCAAAAAGCCGACAAAUCUGCAGGAAGUGGCAGCUGAUCCAGGAGAAGAAAAUACCAGCAAGAUUUUUUUCCAGCCUUGCAACUAUCAGUGUUUGGAGAAUUGUGGUAUGGUGACACUCAAUGUUGCUUGUCAUGGAGGAGAUGGUACAAGCACUUUCUAUGUAGACUACAAAACGGAAGAUGGGUCUGCGAAUGCAGGUUCAGACUAUGAGUACAGCGAAGGAACACUGAUCUUCAAGCCAGGGGAGACACAGAAGGAGCUAAAGAUUGGGAUUAUUGAUGAUGAUAUCUUUGAGGAAGAUGAACAUUUCUUUGUGCGACUGAUGAACUUAAGGGUGGGAGAUGCUGAAGGAAUGUUUGAGCCAGAUGGAGAGGGUAAUCCGAAGGCACGUCUGGUGUCUCCACUCAUUGCAACUGUGACCAUCCUAGACGAUGACCAUGCUGGGAUAUUUACAUUUGAGGAGAAGCUGGUCCAUGUCAGUGAAAGUGUGGGAGUCCUGGAGGUUCGAGUGGUGAGAAACUCGGGGGCGAGAGGAACUGUGGUCAUACCAUAUCGGACAAUGGAGGAAACGGCCAGGGGAGGAGGAAUUGACUAUGAAGAUGCAUAUGGAGAACUGGAGUUCCUUAACGAUGAAACGGUAAAAACACUGCAGGUGAAAAUCGUGGAUGACGAAGAAUAUGAAAAACAGGAGAAUUUCUUCAUAGUCUUGGAGGAACCACGGUGGAUGAAGCGUGGGAUUUCAGCUCUGCUUCUCACUCAGGAUGAAGAUGACAAGAAACUGACAGCGGAAGAAGAAGAGGCGAAACGCAUUGCGGAGAUGGGGAAACCAAUACUGGGGGAACAUUCCAAGAUGGAGGUGAUCAUUGAAGAGUCGUAUGAGUUUAAGAGCACGGUGGACAAACUCAUAAAGAAGACCAACCUGGCGCUGGUGAUUGGCACACACUCCUGGAGAGAACAGUUCAUGGAAGCAAUUACCGUCAGUGCCGGUGAUGAAGACGAGGAUGACGAUGGGAGAGACGAGCGCCUGCCAUCGUGCUUUGAUUACGUCAUGCACUUUCUUACCGUUUUCUGGAAGGUUCUGUUCGCCUUUGUCCCUCCCACGGAAUACUGGAACGGCUGGGCCUGCUUCUUUGUCUGCAUUAUUAUUGUGGGAUUACUGACAGCCGUUAUCGGGGAUCUGGCUUCGCACUUCGGCUGUACCGUGGGCCUGAAGGACUCUGUCACCGCUGUGGUGUUUGUGGCUCUUGGAACUUCCAUACCAGACACGUUCGCCAGUAAGGUGGCAGCGACGCAGGACCAGUAUGCUGAUGCCUGUAUCGGCAAUGUGACAGGCAGUAAUGCAGUUAACGUCUUCUUGGGUAUUGGUGUUGCCUGGUCUGUAGCUGCGAUCUACUGGGCCAUUCAAGGGAAAGACUUUGAGGUCAAGACUGGCACACUAGCAUUCUCCGUCACUCUCUUCACCAUCUUUGCUUUCAUUAGUAUCAGCGUCCUCCUGUACCGCCGCCGACCCCAUAUAGGAGGGGAAUUGGGAGGCUCCAAGCUUGCGAAGACCCUUACAGCCCUUCUGUUCAUUGGUCUGUGGUUGCUCUACAUCCUGUUCUCCAGCCUAGAGGCCUACUGCCAUAUCAAAGGCUUCUAAAACUGCAGUGAAAGGUGGGGGAGAGCCACCCCUCCUCGAACUCAAGCCUCAAACAUUCCACUGGCUCUCGCGUUGGCAGUGAUAAGUUUCUUAGAACUGAAUUAAGGGCAAAAAAAUUGGAUAUUUAAAUAUAUUAAACCCCUUCCUCGUUUCGCUUGCCCCGACCAACAACCCAUAGCACAAUUCUGCCAAACGAGGGAAUAAUAAAAAAUCAGUAUUGUAACGAGGUCUUCAAAGCAAAUUGUUGUAAACAAAAAGAAGAAAGAAACAAACAGAUAUAGCACAUUAAGGAGGGAGCUUGGAAAUGGGAAGCAAGCAGCACAGACAGUAGGAAGGAUUUUGUCUGUUUCAGGGGACAGUAAAGGGAAAAAAAUACCAAGUUUAUCAUCCUCAGCACUUCGAAAGAAAACAAACCAAAUCCUCCUUUUUUUGUACAAUACAGGAAGUAAAAGUGUAAAGUGUGAUAUAAUGUUGCUUUAUGCGCAUAUCCAUUUGGCAACAUUGCAUCAAUUGCUAUUGAAUUAUUACAAAAGGUUUGGUCCCUACAGACACCCUUCUAUUCUGAUAAUUACUUCCUAUAUUUCUUAAAAAGGGUUUGUUUAUAUCUCUGCUUGGGUUUGUAGUACACUUUAAAAAAACAAAUGCUUUUCUUUCUUUACUGUUGCCUGUAAAUUGCCAUCAUUUUGUAAUUCUGUAAAAUAAUGGGGUGAGACAGACCAUGCAAAUAGAGUCCUCUAUAAUGAUAUAAGUAUGUACAGACAGGUUACGUAACUCUUUCCUAAUCAGUUAUUGCCAUUGUAUCUCAAUUGAAAGAAAUUCUCUAACUGCUCUCCACUAAUAGGAAAUCAAAUCUCUAGCAAAUGCUGUAAUUUUUCUACAGAGUAUUAAAUCCAACAUCAUCAGAGGAAAUCCAUUUAAAAAAAUGAUUCUAUGGGACAUAAGCAAUACAGGAAAGCUGCAGGGUGUAUAAUUUACAUGGGAUUAUCACUUAAAUUUUGUUAGAAGAUUGGAAGGAGAGAUUCCCUCACCAAAUACUAACACCAUAAAGAGAGAUAGUAUCACUUUCUGUCAUCCUGCAGUGGGAGGGACAGACUCUGUGACUCAUAGCUCCUUCUCUCUGUGUCACCCUGCAGUGGGAGGGACAGACUGUGUCCUAUAGCUCCUUCUGUCUGUGUCACCCUGCAGUGGGAGAGACAGACUCUGUGUCCCAUAGCUCCUUCUGUCUGUGUCACCCUGCAGUAGGAGGGACAGACUGUGUCCCAUAGCUCCUUCUGUCUGUGUCACCCUGCAGUAGGAGGGACAGACUGUGUGUCCCAUAGCUUCUUCUGUCUGUGUCACCCUACAGUGGGAGGGACAGACUCCAUGUCCCAUAGCUCCUUCUGUCUGUGUCACCCUGCAGUGGGAGGGAGAGACUGUGUGUCCCACAGCUCCUUCUGUCUGUGUCACCCUACAGUGGGAGGGACAGACUCUGUGUCCCAUAGCUCCUUCUGUGUCACCCUGCAGUGGGAGGGACAGACUGUGUGUCCCCUAGCUCCUUCUGUCUGUGUCACCCUGCAGUGGGAGGGACAGACUCUGUCUGUGUCACCCUGCAGUGGGAGGGAGAGACUGUGUGUCCCACAGCUCCUUCUGUCUGUGUCACCCUACAGUGGGAGGGACAGACUCCGUGUCCCAUAGCUCCUUCUGUCUGUGUCACCCUGCAGUUGGAGGGACAGACUCUGUGUCCCAUGGCUUUUUCUGUCUGUGUCACCCUACAGUGGGAGGGACAGACUUAGCUCCCUUAUGUCUGUGUCACCCUGCAGUGGGAGAAACAGACUCUUUGUCUCAUAGCUCCCUUCUGUCUGGUCCACCCUGCAGUGGGAGGGACAGACUCUGUCUAUGUCAAACUGCAGUGGGAGGAUAUUACUCCAGGCGCCUUGUCUGUUAGGCCAAAUUAAGGUUCCUUCUCUGUUGCACAGCUGAUCCCCUUUCUGGGCCAGGGGUGAUCCUGUGAAAGCCAUAGGAAUGCACAUUCAGCUUCCACUGCCCUCUAAUUUGGCUGCUAGCUAUAUAAGGUGGAUCCCAGUUACUCUUCCUCCUUUUCUAAAUUUCUGUCAGUUUUAAAGCCCUAUCGAUUGGUUCAGGUUCCUUAAACUAGCCAGUCAGGAUUAAGCCAUUUGCCAGCUCCUUUUCCUAAAUGAUAUUUACAUAUUUAUUAAUUAUUAAUGUAAUGUAAUUACCUGAUUACACUGCCAGAGGCCAGUCUUGUCUAUACUGCCACCAACUGUUUCCUGUCCACCACAGAUACGCCCAAAGGUGGUGAUGGUGUUUCUCGAUCACCGUGAGUUGAUGAUUGGUAUUAUUAUUAUUUAUAAAGCAUCAACAAAUUCUGCAGCUCUGUACAAUAGAUAACAGAGAAGUAUUUACAAGGCGAGAUUGACGCACAGGAACAGAGGGUGCCGAGGACCCUGCUCAAACCAGCUUACAUUCUAGAAGGAUUUGGUAAAGUGACACAAGAGGUAAGGUUAGGUUGUAUUUCAUGUACGGAAAAGUAGUUUACUAGAAUAGUUUACAAAAAGGUUAGUUUAUUGGAUGACACAGUUGCAUGAGAGCCCACAGUUUGGCUUUUUUAUAAUUGGGGGGAAAUAUGGCAGAGGAAGGGAAGAGAUUGAAUAUUUUUGUGAGAGUCAGAGCAAGAGAAAGAGCGCGAGUGAGAUGUGAGGGAAUAUGAUCGAAGGAACAAGUGGUGAGACUGAAAGACCGAAGCAGAGCAGAAACCUCUGAUGGCAUAGCGGGUGGAAGUGAGCAAAGAACUACAGAGAGAGUGGGGUUGGGAUAAGUAUUCAUAGGGGUAGGAAAGAGAAUAGAAAUCACGGAAAUCUUCUCAGUGAAGUGAGUUGCAAAGUUUGUAGCAGUCAAGUUAGUAGGAGGAGGAGCAGCAAAAGGACGAAGGAGAGAGUUAAAAGUGUGAAAGAGGCAUUUGGGUUCUUGGGAGAGGGUGGUUACGACGUUAAUGAAGUAGUUUUCUUUUGCGGAGGAAAGCACCAAACUGUGCGAGCGUUGCAUAAAUUUAUAGUGGAGAAAGUCUGACACAGAAUAAGACUUUCUCCAGCAGCAUUCAUCAGUUCUAGAGUAUUUCUGGAGGUAAUUGGUCAGCUUAGUGUUUCAAGGUUGUAACCGGAAUCACUCAGAUUGUUUAAAUAUAGGAGGCACUAUGAUAUCAAAGUCAAAUACCUAAACGGCCUCCUUUACAGGAGUGUGGGAGAAUUGUAGGUCAUCAACACAUGAAGAAGCAGGAGUAGUGCCCUCAGAAGGGGGAGCCAGGUCUUAGUAGGGUAGUGAGUGCUAGUAGGGUGGGAGAAUUUGAUGUGAAGAGGUCGUGUAAAGCUGUUGUUUUCAGAUUGCUGCAGAUGGAGCGGGCGUCCCACAGUGUGCAUGGAAUGUUGGUAGAUGAGGAUAAAUGGCAGGCUACUUGGGUGAGGUUUGAGUGGUUUCUGAUUAUCUUAGUGCGCACAGAGAAGGUGAAGAUCUCUGGGUUGGGAGAGCCAUCACCAGCUGCUAGAAAUAGGAGAAGAGAUAGUGACAGGGGAUGUGAUUGGGUUUUGUAUGGACAGGGUCUAUAAUGAGAUUGUUUAGGAGUAGGAGAGAGAGAGAAGUGGGGAGUGUGGCAGAGAGGGGGGAAAUGGGAGGUUGGAGGGUAAGGAGUAAAUUUGAUACUAGAGGAGGAAAGGGUAAAGAAGAGGAGCCUGCAGGAUUUAGAGUAAUUGCUUUCAUUCUCUGCAGGUGAGGGGAGAUUAUAAUGUAGGGAAUCCCCUGCAGAGCACAGGUGAUUAAUGUCUGGCUAAUUCUCCUACAUCCAGUAGCGCAUCUCCCAAACCUGGCAUAAAUCUCUGCCCAAAAAGCCAUUGCCGUCUUUACAGCUUCACCUUACAAAAGUUAUGUUUGAAUAUAAGGAAUGUAUAAAACACAGAUGUAUAAGCUGAACAGUUUCUAAAUGAAUGAAUCUGUAACCAUUUCAGCUAAUUGUAAGUCUUCCAGAGAGCGCUGGUGUAGGACGCCGCAGCCUGUCGAAGCAGUAAACACGAGCUGUAAGUUUUGCAGCAAAUAUUCAUUGUGUGGUUAUGUGAUGCAAUUCAGAUGUGCAAAUGCUGCAGGAACAUUUCCUAAGUCAGUAGCUGCCCUGUCUGCCAGUCAGAGAACGCACACUGACGUGGGACCCGAACAUGGCGAUUAACAACCAUCCACAGCACAAAUGAUCGCAUUCAUUCACAAUAAUGGAGAUGGUUUUCCGGAUGUCUGCUGAUCCCCAAAUCAUCAUUAUUCUCAACACACUUAUUCCAGCCACCACUCACGGUGAUCGGACACCAUUUUCUGAUGUGCGCUAUAAGCAGCGGAGACUGUGCUGCCCAUGGACCCCUGGGUUUCAUCCCGAUGGGAUGCGUCUCGUACAAGGGUGGAAAGGACUUUAAUAAGCACAUCGCUGACACUUUCUGCAUCCCCAGGCAAGCGCAAUUACGAAAAAGUGGCGGGUUAAUAGAUGGAGAUUUACAUUUAAAUGUUUACCAAAAAGUAAAAAGAAAUAUUAAAAAACUGGGGGCAAAUAUGUCCCACUUUCUUAGGCAGAUGGGGCUCAAUGGACUGUGAGGAGAGCUCUUACUGCACACGAACUGGUAGUCCCCCCUGUGGCUGUUUUUAUCUGUAAUGCUGACCCUAACCUAUGGCCCCUGUGUAUGAGUCACAUAACUGUUGAUCUAUCUCCUUUAUCCUGUGUUACUUUCCUUGUCCAGUUCACCACUUCUACCCAUGUCCACUCAUCAUCUCCACGUUCUUUUUCCUUCCUCUGUCUUGCUCUGUUCAUUCCUAUCCCCCAUUGUAUUAUCCCAUCUGUGCCAUCCAUUCAACCUCAUUCAUUAUAUCCCCAGUUGUCUCUCUCCCCAUCUCUCUAUUCCAGCUCCCUCUCUCCCUACCUCUCCUCUCCAGCUUGCUUUCUCCCCAUCUCUACUUUACAGCUCCCUCUCUCCUCACCUCUCCUUCCCUGCUCCCUUUUUUAUUUCCAGUUCUAUGUCGUUGCACUUCUUCUCCCCAGAAGACUAUUUUUCCCCUCUACUAUUUUGAUGUCUUCCUCCCAACAUUUUUCUCCUCACCUGUUUUUCUCUCUCCUCAUGUCCCCAUUUCUCUUCCCCCUUCUGUGUCCCUCUCUUGACAUCUUUAUUCCCUUUCCUUCUGUCUUUCUCUUAUCACCAUUCCUUCCUCCCACACACUGCAUCUCUCCUACCAUCUCUUUUCCUUUGUUGUGUCUGACCUAUCUCUCUUCCCUGAUUUCUCUCUCCUACCAUCUCUCUGCCAUCACUGUCUCUCGCUUACCAAUUCUUACCAAUUCUUUAUGUCUCUCUCCAUCUCUCCUCCCCUGCUGUCUCUAUCCAUCUGUCCUCCCCUGUUGUCUUUCCACAUAUCUCCUUUCCUGCUGUCUCUCCCAAUCUCUCCUCCCUUGCUGUCUCUCCUAAGUCCCAAUCUGCCUGUGCUGAUAAAGAAUGGUCCCCAGCAUGUCUAGAUGAAAUCUAUAACUUUAUGAAUAUAAUUAUUUAUUUAUUUUGAAA